CAUAGCAACUGUCACCAAUGUAGGUAAAGAAUGAACUGGAGCUGAAUAAAUUGGACCAGAGAUUAAUUUCUGGCAGCAUACUGAACCUACAGAAACAGUCAUUAUCUCCUACACGAGUGCAAGAAACACGCACAACAGUUCAAAGAUGGCAUUAGCAAGUGGACACUGGAUUAGAAAAGAGGUAAUUGGAGACUCCCCAACCCCUAGGCAUGGACAUGCAUUGACAAUGGCAGGCAACAUAGCAUUUGUAUUUGGAGGCUGUUCCAUUUAUAAUACCUUUGAUGAUCAGCGAACAUAUUUCAAUGACUUCUACAUGUUGACAAUUACUCUUACUGAUUUGACUUGGGAAAGGAUACCUCAUGAUGGACAUAUUCCUUGUGCCAGAGAAGGUCAUACACUUUGUGUAGUAAGAGGGAAGAUAUAUUUAUUUGGAGGGUGUUCAACCCAGGAUGCUAAAGAAUGUCUUCCAGGAGUCUACAGAUUUGACCUCAGUUCUUUAACAUGGCAGAAGGUAAAAACCAAUGGCAUUGCACCUCAGACCCUCAGACACAGUUCAGCAGUAAUAGGGGAAAAUAUCUAUGUUUAUGGUGGAGUUCAUUAUGGAAAAGCUGUUGAUGACCUGUAUAUGUUCAGUACUGUAUCUCUCAGCUGGACCCCAGUCAAAACCACUGGUUCAGCACCUGGGGCCAGGUCAGGCCAUGCUUUUGCAACAGUUGGACAAGUAAUAUACAUGUUUGGCGGUUCUUCGGGUGAAAAUAUUUACUGCACUGAUGUGCAUGCAUUGGAUACAGGUUUGUUAACCUGGCAGCAGUGUGAAAUCAAGGGAGAGAUACCCAGUGGAAGGUCACAUCACACAUUUACAGCACACCAUGACAAGGAUAUCUAUUUGUUUGGAGGAAUAUAUGAAUCUAAAGAUGGUAAUAAAACAACAAAGAAUGAUGUAAAGAAAUUAAGCUUAGCAAAGAUGAAAUGGAAGAUGCCACUUUAUGUAGGGAUCCCUCCCGCUUGCAGACACAACCAUGUAGCAUUUAUUCUUCAUAGCCAUCUCUAUAUCUUUGGUGGCAUGAAUGAGGAAGAAGAACUCAAUGAUAUAAUGGGGAUGAAAUUGAUAAACCCAUCAGACAGACAACCUAUAAUGAAGGAGAUUCUCUCAGAAUUUGGAAUCCAGGGAGUAAGCAGCAGGUUUACUCCCACCAAAAUACCCAAAGUGAAAUAUGAAUUAAUGGUAUCACCUUUUCCUGCGAGAAUGGAGUCCCCACCUGCAAUCCCAGCAGCUCAACUCAGAGAUUUCAUUUCUGUACGUAACCAAGCAAUGGACAUGAUCACAAGGGCCUUUGCCUUGCUGGACUUGGAGUUUCAAAAGCUAGACACUGAGAAAGCUGAAUUAGUUCAGGCCACAAUUGCUUUCCAACAAGAAAAGGAGGCUUACAACAAACAGUUCAGAUAUCAACAGCAGGAGCUGCAAGAGAUGCUAGAUAAGCACAAGGCCCAAAAUGAAGCCUGGCUCAAAGCCAGAGCAGAGGAAAAUGACAAGGAAAGGAAAGAAAUAUGUAAACUGAGGGAAGAGAUUCUUCAUGAUCAGGAGAGGCUAAAAGAAGAACAGCAAAAUGUUCAACAGCGCAAUCAGCAGCUGCUUUCUAUUAUGCAACAGUUUAAAGGAAUGUGACCAGUCUGCUGAAUAAAGCCUGAACCACAUGAGCAGGAUCAUAGCAACAAUACAACCCUACUUGAACAACUGAGUUCUUAUAUACUAAUAUAAAAAAGAUCCAGUUACUGUGCAUGUUGAAGGACCAUAUUCGGUUAGUGUGAAAAGGAGUUUAAUCUCCUUAGGUUCUCUCAUGAGCACUGGAAUGAUAUCUCAAUUAAAUUUCCACCCACUA